AUGGAGCGUCUUCAUCGCAAAUAUGGCGGGGUGGAUCGCAUAGGGCCGAAGACGAUCAGCGUCCCUGACCCCUCCACCGUUUUCUGGCUGGACGCCGCCUGUCAACAAACGUCGAAGCCGUUCCUUGAUAGCUAUGUGGAUGAACCAGAAGGAGGGACUGUCAAUACUCGACUCAAAAGCAAUCAUCGUGUUUACCUAGACGGACAGACCGACGACGGACCUCACCAUCAUGAUAAAAUCGAGAACCUGGUUCUCGACUUUCUCAGAGCCAUUCGAAAUCAGCGUACUUCGAAACUGGCCGUGUUCCGAACCUUCGCGACAGACAUUGUUAGACGCAUGUUCGUGGACGACCUUGACAAUGAACGAGCAGCAGCCAUGGGUACCGGGACAAACCCUACGAAUAGAUGCCGAUUUACAGCGUCUCUGGAGCAUAUUAUGUUCAAGAGCCCAAUUGCUAUGCUAAAGCGCAAACGCAACAAUAGCCUAACAUGGGUUUCUUGCACAGGGACCUAUUCCGGGUGGAACGAUGCGUCUAUCUUCGAAGUCUUGCCGGAGACUGGCAGGAGACCAUUCCUGCAGGCAGGAACCCGUGAAGAUUUGGAUCCGCACGCCUCUCUGAUUGCGAAAGGAGCGGACUGUAUGAUUACCGCAUUCGUUUCAGUGUUUCUCCAUUUGGUCAAGUGCCCUACGGCUAUGUCUCGACUCAAGCACGAGGUAGACAUCGCAUUUUGCAAGGAGGCUUUGUCUGAUAUUCUUCAGAAAGGGACGGAAUUACACACCCUACCAUUCCUGGAUGCUGUCAUGAAAGAAUCGGUGCGACUUGCCAUGAGAUUCGAUCCUCGAAGAGAUGUUCCUGGGGGUGGUAUAGCAGUCCUGGGACAUCACCUUCCUGAAGGAACGGCCGUUCAGUUUCAUUCAGAGACUCUAAGUAAUAAUCAUACCAUCUUCGGAGAAGACGUCUCUUCUUUUCGGCCUCAGAGAUGGCUACAGGCCGACUUGGGCCGACGGCAACUGAGACGGAUGGAGGCAGCAUUGUUGGUUCUGCGACCGAAUAUGCCAAAUUCUGCAAAAGCUCGAGCUACUUGGCUAGAAUUGAAGCGAGCAGCUGCUCUGAUCAUCUGGAAGUUUGAUUUGCAUCCUAUCAAUCUUGAUGAGGUUUCCAUUCUUUCCAUCCAAGAUGCCGCUUCUCCAGAGCAAGGAUACAAUAUCUUGGUGAACUUUACUCCUAGAAUGCAUUAA